ACCAUAGCAAGCGCAAGUGCCGCAAGUCGCGCGAGCGUCAGACCGCGGAACGCAUUCGUCGAGUUACCAAAAACCACUCCUGCGCGCGUUCCGCUGUGUUUUGCAGUUGUCGCCGGUGAGUGAAAACAUUAUGUGCGUGUACGAGUGCUAAGCCGCAAAGACAACAUACUCGCAAAAUAAACAAUCGGUUGGCGUUUUAUUUUGUUAAACUGUAGUGAAUUAGUGGAUCUUACUUCAGAGGAUUAUCUUUCGAACAUCUUUCCGCCAGAAUGUAUUUGGUAUUUUUACUGCUUGCCACGGCGAGUGCGCUUCCCGGCGGUGCACCACCAAGCGUAUGCCAAACAAUGUUGCCGAAUCACGGUGGUGGAAUACCACGACAAACCACACCUAGUCCUUUCGCAAUUUCUGCGCGACGAAACGGAUCCGGCUACAUGGUGACCAUCCAAUCAGCCGCAACUAUUCCCUUUGCAGGAUUUAUGCUGCAAGCACGAGGACCAGGCGGGGAAUUGGUCGGGUCUUUUGAACCAAGCGCUUCAUCCAUCCACACCAUCGACUGCUCCCAACCUGGUGAUACUCUAACUCAUUCCAACACGGCUGACAAGCCUUCAGUGGAAGUCCCAUGGAAUCCUAGUGGUUUUGAGGGACCAAUCAUUUUCAAUGCAACUGUCGCACAAAACUAUGCCACAUUCUGGACAGGAGUAGAAACACCUCGAAUUCAAGUUACAAGAGGAUCCAGCAACGAGCCUAGUGUAUCACCUGCUCGUCCAACCAGUACCACACCUCCAAAUUUCGUCCCAGAAGGUAAACAACAAUCAUCUACUGAAUUUGAUCCAUUUUAUGAUGGAUGCGACACGAAAAAGGCCUGCUUUGGAGCGCCCGUUGAUUGUGUAAAAACAAAGAACUGCAAAGCAGUAGUGGCAGUGACAGUUUACGGAGAUAGAUAUGAGUUUGAAAUGAAAGCGGCUCCAUCUUCCCAAUGGGUGGGUGUUGGUUUGUCAAGUGAUAUGCAAAUGGGCGAUGACUCUGUCAUCGAAUGCGUCAAAGAAGGUUCUUCUGUGAAGUCCUACAUUUCCUACACGGUUCCACGGCCCAAUUUGAAUGUGAAUCGCGAUCGCCAUCAGGCCAACAUUCAAUUGCUGGCUGGAAGUAUCAACGACGGUGUAAUGUACUGCAGGGUGUUACGCGAGACCCGGACUAGUAUAAAUGGACGGAUAUUUGACUUGGCAAAAGACAAAUACCACAUGCUGGUGGCGGCAGGAUCCAGCGUGCAUCCGAAUAAAGUCGGCUUCCAUAAUGAUGCCUACAUAGUCAGUGGAGAGAAAAAGUACUUGUCGGACGUUUCAGCGAUACAAGCCGCUUCGAAAUUAUUGCUGCGUCUUCAUGGUGCAUUUAUGUUGGCUGCAUGGUUGGGCACUGCAUCUAUCGGUAUUAUUUUAGCGAGAUAUUACAGACAAAUGUGGCCAGGAAAAAGCAUUUGCGGAAAGGAUUUGUGGUUUGCCUGGCAUCGUAUUUUUAUGGUGCUCACCUGGUGUUUAACAAUGGCGGGCUUCAUUUUAAUUUUCUUGGAAUUAAAAGCGUGGUCGGCUGCUAAUAAUCCACACGCUAUUCUGGGCACGGUUACAACGAUAUUGUGCUUCAUCCAACCCAUCGGAGCUAUUUUCCGACCUCAUCCUGGGACCAAGAAUAGGCCAUUGUUUAAUUGGCUGCAUUGGUUGGUCGGAAACGCCGCUCACAUUGUCGGAAUUGUAACUAUUUUCUUUGCCGUCACUCUUAACAAGGCAGAGUUACCUGAUUGGAUGUAUUGGGUAUUAGUGGCAUUUGUAGUUUUUCAUGUUGCGAUGCAUUUAAUAUUCUCGAUUAUCGGUUACGCAGCAGAGAAAUCCGCGGAGAGACGAAUCAACUCGUUCCCAAUGAAGGAGAUGGGUGGUUCGGGCAGAAGUUCGAUGUACAAUGAUAGAAACCCCGAUGCGCCUUUCUCUUCAUCACGAAAGUGUUUAUUGGCGUUAUACAUCAUCAUAAACAUCAUAAUUGUUGCUGCUUUGAUUGUAAUUGAAGUACUCGCACCAAUCGAGGAGUUUGUGCAAAAACUUCGUGACUCGAUGAGUUCAUAAAUUAUAUUGACAUAUCGUAACCACUAGAUGCGCUCAUUGUUAUCAAGCCUAUUUCUUUUUUUGACAACUACGUUUAAUUUAUUCGAUUUCCAACCAAAUUUGUUUAAGUCACGUAUUGUAAAUACCGUUCAUUAUUUAGUGCGACACUUUAUUGUUAUACUAAUAGGAUCUAUAAACAAAUAGAUUAUAUACUAAAUAAA